AUGGCCUGGAACACAGAUUUCGGUUAUUCAGAAUCCCAGGCUCCGAUAUGGAAGCAAUUUCAUAAAGUUUUGAAGAACAGAGGAAGCCAUCAAUCAAGAUGGUUGGCCUACAUCGAUGGAUACAGCGGAGCUGUGAUCACAGCAAAGCAGAGACGACAACUCGACUACAGACUGAUGCUACCUCAUAGCAGUCUCACCUUUGGGACAGAAGCUUUGAUCAUCUUCCUAGGGUGUGGUCAGUCACCUGUGAAUUUGGAUGUUCAUUCUCCAUGUCACCCAGAUGCUAGACCCAGUGAACUCAGCACGGCCAUGAUUCAGAAUGUGGUAGUUUUAGAGCUCUCCGUGAAGGUAGGAGUGUUGAGCAAACAGCCAUCCAUCAAAAGAGGACAUAAGAACGCCCCAGCUUGGAAGCGAACACAAGGGAGAAAGACACUUGCCCGCCAUGACCACCCCAGCCCUGACCACCGCGUCUCCCUUGCAAGUGCCCAGAGCUAUGUCUCCCUCGCAAGUGCCCAGAGCUACCGCCAAGACUCCGGGGCUGCCAUCAACCCCCAGAUCAGCCUGGAACUGUACAGGUUCCUACGUCUGUCUAUGUCUUGCUUCUUUCACCGGGAUGACGUGGCUCUGAGGAACUUUACCAAAUACUUUCUCCACCAAACUCAUGAGUAGAGGGAGCACGCUGAGAAACUGAGGAAGCUGCAGAACCAACGAGGAGGUGGCCGGAUCUUCCUGCAGGAUAUCAAGAAACCAGACCGUGAUGACUGGGAGAGCGGGCUGAACGCAAUGGCGUGUGCACUGCCCUUGGAAAAGAGUGUGAAUCAGUCACUACUGGAACUGCACAAACUGGCUACUGACAAAAAUGACCCCCGCCCGUGUCAUUUCAUUGAUUCGCAUUGCCUGAAUGGGCAGGUGAAAUCAAUCAAAGAACUCGGUGAUCACGUGACUAGCUUGCGCAAGGCGAGAGCCCCUGAAACAGGCAUGGCAGAAUAUCUCUUUGACAAUCAAUCCCUGGGACACAGUGAUGAGAGCUAA